UAUCCCUCUGAAGCUCGUAGAGGGAAUGAAACCAUGACAGACAACUGUACAUUUAACGGAGUGGACGACCUGAUGAAAACCUUGGAGUUAGUAAUCUACAUCCCCGUAUUCAUCUUUGGGUUGAUUCUCAACAUCGCAGCACUGCUGGUGUUUUGUGUGUGUCUGCGAAAAUGGACUGAGUCAACCAUCUACAUGACCAGCUUGGCUCUGAUGGACCUCCUGCUCCUCUUCCCACUUCCCUUCAAAAUGCAUGCUACAAAUCACCAGUGGCCCGGCGACUUACGACUACUCUGCUCAUGUCUGGAAAACCUUUAUUUCAUUGGGACAUAUGGCAGCAUCUACAUGAUUAUGUGUAUAGCUGCGGAUAGAUGGAUUGCUAUUUGUCACCCGUUCAAAGCCAAGCAGCUGCGUUCAACCAAAGCAGCUCUGAUUACCUGCAUGGGAGUCUGGGUACUGGUGUUCUCCGCCACUAUUCCGGUCAUCUACGGCUUUGGGAAGCACAGACUGGAAUACUUCCACUGUUUCCACGAAUUUUCUGCUGAUGGCUGGAAACCUGCUGUGAUCAUCUCCCUGCAAGUUUUUGGGUUUCUGGUGCCUGCGCUGGUGGUCGUUUACUGUUCAGUACAGACCAUCUGCUCACUGAAGCAGUCUGGCCAGCACAGCACACAGAGCCAGGCCUGCGUCAAGAUCAUCUACAGCAGCCUGAGUGCUUUCCUGGUUCCCUUCACCCCCAGUCACCUGGGCAUCUUCCUGCAGUUCCUGGUGCACCAAAAAAUAAUUCAGGACUGCAGCACCAAGACCAGGAUCAGCCUGUUCCUACAGGUCACCAUGUGUCUGUCCAACAUCACCUGCGUUCUGGAUGCUCUGUGCUACUACUUCAUUGCUCGGGAGGUGAGAAGUACAAGACCCUCCUUCAGAACAGGCAGUCAAAGGAGAGCCACCUUCAGCACUUCAGAGGUCUGAAAGCUUGAUGAACACAUGCAAUUUGUAUCCAGACGACAGCUGGUGGUAAAUACAAGCUCUGGCCUAAACCCUUUUUGUCUCCUAUUUUUCCCCCCUAUUUUUUAAAGCGAGGGAGUAAAACUGAAAAAAGGAAAAAAAAAAGAAAGAUCUGGUAACUGUUCAGGAAGUUAGGCAUGCACCGAGAGCAAUGUGUUGAAAUAAAGCAGGUCAGAGUGCACAUACUGUAAGACGAAAGCAAGAAAACCGGGUUUAGUCCAGCAGCAGGAAGCCAGCUGGCACAUCUCUAACGCUGAAGAGUUCAGAAACCCAAAAGGUAGGCAAAAAAAUAGGUUUAUCGGUAAGCCGCAUUAUGAUGUGUUGGUUGAGCCAUUUCAAAGCGAAAGCUCAAAGCAGUCUGAGGUCGCUGACUCCAGUAAACAGGUGGCGUGAUUCAUUGUCAAGGACUUAAAUCUGUUGUGGCAGCAACAGAGCUGUCUGGCUUUCGCACGAACUGAAGUCAGCAACUGUGAAAUAAGUUUUUAUUGCUCCGAGGCUCUAUUGAAACACAAAAUAAAUUUUACAUAAGCUGUGUUACAUUAAACAAAAUUGUGACUUGUACUCUAUUUUUAUAUGUAUUUAAAGCUAAAGUAACUACGAUAAUAAGUGUGUAAAUAUUUCUUGUCACAUACAACCUUAAACGUUUAUAAAAAUAAAGUAUUGGAUUGUUUUUGUAGAGAGAUGAAGUUAACAUGAAUCCCCAUAUUUCCUAAUAUUUGUCACUCACACCAACACAUCUGCAGCAUCUGUUAAAUGAGUAUUCCUUAAUUACCACUUAGACUAUUUUGGUAAUUAAUGACAACAGUUUUAUGAAUAUCUAUAAAUAUAGUUAUUCAUUUUGAAGUGUGUGAUCAUAAGUUUAGGUUUAUGUAUUGUUUUAAUACAACAGGAAGCCUCACUUUUUUCAACACAUUACUCCAUUAAUGCAAAACAAAAUAAUAUUUAAAAUAAUUUGCAUUUUACCUGAGAUGUGUUUUAAUAAUUGUCUCAUUAUGGUCAAGGAGACGAAUAAGGAAAAAGUUUGAUUUGUAUGAAAGCACAAAGUGUUUGUUUUUACUUAUUUGGCGUAGCGUCAUCUAGGUAUAUAUCACAUAUGUUUAUUCAUGACUUGUGUAAUUAUUAUUUAUGAUUAAUUUACCUUUUAUUUUUGUAGUUUGAAUUUAACUCUGAAAAUAUCCUUAAAGGUAGAGUAAGAGAUGUUACUGAUUUCUAACCCCAGAACAUUUUUUCUUUUUUUUCUUUGAGACGAGUUCUGGUUGACGGGGAGAAGCUAACUUUCCAUGUUUUAUAGAUGUUUUUUCUUCUAGAAAUCCCUUACUCUACAUUUAAAUGUGUGUAUAUUU